AUGGCCAGGGGAAGGUGCAGGAAAGCACGUGUGGCCAGUUAUGCAGCUAAAGAGGAGACUGAUAAAAUAUUUGCUCAGAUGAUGUCAGUGGCAGAAUUACCAGAAGAGCCACUGACCAGCGACGUGAACCUGCCGCAUAGGGAAGGACAGAACUGUAGGCGGUCAUCUCGACAGAGAGCCAAGAAGGAAGCCCUUGGCUCUUUAUUGAAGAAUUACCAGAAGUGGAGAAUUGAAUGCCCAGAAAUAAGUGCAGAUUUACAACCAUCUUCUGUUCUUGGUCUUUUGCGUGCUGGCUAUCAUGGAGUCCUGAGAUCAAGGGACCCGCAUGGAAGCAAAGUUCUGAUGUACAGAAUUGGACAAUGGGAUCCCAAGUUAUUUACGGCAUACGAUGUGUUUCGUGUAAGUCUUAUCACAUCUGAACUCAUUGUAAAGGAGAUUGAGACUCAGCGGAAUGGAGUCAAGGCUAUCUUUGAUCUUCAAGGGUGGCGAUUUGCUCAUGCAUUUCAAAUCAGUCCAGCAGUGGCCAAGAAAAUUGCUGCUGUGCUCACAGAUUCCUUUCCACUAAAAGUUCGAGGUAUCCACUUGAUUAAUGAGCCUUUAUUCUUCCACCCAGUCUUCGCUCUAAUUAAGCCUUUUCUCACUGAAAAAAUAAAAGAACGGGUGCAUAUGCAUGGAAACAACUACAUGCAGAGUCUGACCGAACACUUCCCGGUCAGCAUUCUCCCACAGGAAUAUGGUGGGGAGGAAGUCUCCAUUGAAGAGCUGGCCAAGGAAUGGACUGAAUUUAUAAUGGCAUCUGCAGAUUAUCUUCAGAGCAUUUCUCUGCUUGCCCAGGAAUAA